UAUUGGUUUUUUAAAGGGGUCAGCAGAGGAUCUUUUGGCUGCAAAGGCGUAGUAAAGACGGCUGGCCCGUUUUACGCCAUUCUUGGUUUUGCAGGAUUUCCGCUCGUUUGGUGCUUGCAGGAGGCAUUGGUAACAGCAGAAUUGGGAUUGGCUUAUCCGGAGCCUUCUGGAGCUAUUGCAUGGAUUGAGGAAGCAUUUGUACCCUGUGCAGGAUUACUUUGUGGCUAUUUAGAUUGGGUGUCUGGCGCAACUGACAAUGCAAUUUACCCCAGCUUGUUCUUAGAGUAUCUCUUGUCUUAUAUUGGACGCGGUGGAGAAACAUUUUUGCAACAUCCCUCAUGGUGUUUUUGUUUUUCCGGUGUUAUUUCUGCUGCCCUUGCUUUGAUAAACUACAUGGGGCUGGAAGUGGUGGGAAUCCUAUCCAUUGUUGUAUGCGUCAUUUCCAUGUCUCCUUUUUUGUUGUUGUCUAUGUUUGGUUUACCCAAGGUGGACCUGGCAUGUUUUCUACCGGUGAUUACAAUUGGUGGUGUUCUGUGGAGGCCGUUCGUCAACAGUUUGUUCUGGAAUAUGAACUCAUUUGAUGUUGGAGCAAGUUUUGCUGGAGAAGUACAGGACCCUGAGCGAGUCUUUCCCAAAGCCAUGUUUCUUUCCGUCUCUUUUGUAGUAUUCAGCUAUCUACUUCCAGUCCUGAUUGCCCUAGGAGCGUCGGACUUGGUACAGAGCAAUUGGAAUGCGGGGUACUUCACAACAGUAGCAGAGAAAGUUGUUGGUCCGUGGCUGGCAGUGUGGACGGUGUUUGCAGCAGCAGUUUCCGACAUUGCCCUGUUUGAAGCCAAAAUGAGUGGGGAUGCUUAUCAACUUAUGGGGAUGGCGGAUUGUGGUCUGAUUCCGAAAAAGUUUUGCAAGCGGUCUCGAUUCGGCACGCCUACAAACGGUAUUCUUGUUGGAACCUUUGUUAUUUUCUGCUUGGGUGUGGUGGACUUUGAGUUGUUGGUGGAAAUGCUUAAUUUCGCUUACAGCGUUUCAUUGCUGAUGGAGUUUGCAGCCUUUGUCAAUCUUUGA